UCUACGUUUUGUUGUUUACUACGUUUUGUUCUUAGAUAAAUCUUGAUUUUUCCUGUGGGAAAGUGAAUAAUGAUUGUGAUUGUUAAUGUGAGUGUCGUGUAAGUGGAUAGUGUUUUCGGGAUGUUAAUAAAAAGUUGAUCAAGUAAUGUACUUCAGUGAUAAUUACAAAUAGUCGGACAUACUUUAUAUUGUGAAGUUAAAUAUAAUUUUAAUAUAAUUUACAUUUUAAAUCCACUACAAUGACUGCUGAAGAAAAUUCUUGGCGCACUACAGCGUUUAGACAGAGCGUUGUUGCAAAAAUAGAGGAAGCAAUCCGAAGUUCAGGUAUGCCGACUUCAAAAAAUAGUAUGGAAAUGGAAAAUCAUGUCUUCCAGAAGGCCAAAUCCAAGGAAGAGUAUUUGGGAUUUGUAGCUCGUCUCAUUCUCCAUGUUAGGGAAAUGAACUCGAAGAAGAAUCCGGGUAUGGGGGGUCCCGCAGGAACACCAGGGCAGAACAUGCAAGAUCCCAUCAAUGCUUUACAGACUCUUGCUAGACAAGGUUCUGGAAACCAGAUGAUGGGCCUGGUGCCACCUCAGGGCCCAUCUCCCGCCACCAACUUGUUGCAGACUUUGAACCAACGGCCAGGAAAUCAGCAGCGGAUGCAGUCACCUGUACAGGGCAACGUGAUAGGACAGAUGAGUAACCAGAUGGGCGGUCAGAUGGGGACAAUGGGGGGUCCUAUGGGUGGCCAGAUGAACAGCACGAUGGGGGGGCCAAUGCAACCACAAAUGGGCAUGGGGGGCCCAAUGGGAGGGCCAAUGGGUCCUAUGGGAGGACAGAUGGGACCGAUGGGACCCAUGCCUGGACAGAUGGGAAGUCCUAUCUCAGGACAGAUGGGACACAUGCCCCAGAGAAAGACAGCUGAAGGAAUGAUGAUGGGUGCUCAGAGUCAAAACUAUGUCGGACCCCGCAAUGUCGCCCCCAGCCAGUUCCUCCAGCAGAGCCCCACCCCCCCAUCACAAUCCCCUGCAGGCAUGCCAACCCCCAAUCAGAUGGUGGCCUCCCCCGCUCUUGUACCAUCACCUGGCAACCCCCAGAUGACCUCAGGCAUGGGCUCUUCUCUGCGUUCUGUUGGAAUGGCACCUUCGCCCAGCAGUUCGCUCAACACGCCAGGACAGGCUGUGCCCACACCUAGUCCGCACAGUCAGACCGAGGAGCAGGCCUACCAGGCCAAGGUGCGCCAACUGAGCAAAUACAUUGAGCCCCUGCGCCGCGUCGUCGCUCGUAUGGGCAACGAGGAUCUGGAGAAGCUGAGCAAGAUGAAAAAGCUUCUGGAAAUUCUGUCAACACCAGGCAAGCGGAUGCCCCUGGAAACGUUGCUUAAAUGUGAAGUUGUUUUGGAGAAACUGGAUCUCAAACGGGGAGAUGGCUCGGGACCAACGUUAAGGGAACAACACCCUCUUCUGGAGGCCUUGCAAACCCACAUUCAAAGUCCAGUCAUCAACCAUACCCUGCAGCGUACCUUUGGCCCCUGUCUAGAGGCUCUCUUUGGCUCCGAUAUCAAGAUGUUGCCACCUCCCUUGAAGAAGAAAAAGUUAGAGGAGCCAGUGGAUGAUAUUCCUGAAGUUCUGCAAGGAGAAAUAGCCAGACUUGACCAAAGGUUUAAGGUGAGCCUGGACCCCACGCAACAAGCAGGAUCGCGCUGCGUGCAGCUGCUCUGUGUGCUGGACGAUCGACACCUCCCUUGCGUUCCUCCAGUCAGCCUAUCCGUGCCCGAGGACUACCCGCGCUCCCCACCUCGCUGUCACCUCGCCCCGCACGAGUACAGUGCCACCAAGUUCCUCUCCGCCGUGCAGGCGGCACUGGAGUCCCGCGUGCGCAAACUGCCCGGUCGGUUCUCCGUCUCACAACUGCUUGAUACGUGGGAGAUGAGUGUGAGACAGGCUUGUGCCCCGACACACUCCCCUACUCCGUCUUCCUCCUCGCUACUCAUGGGUCUGUAACCAAACUGAUGUGGAGAACUGCCUAUAAUGUGCUAAUAAAGAUUUUCAAUACAG